CAUUGCGUUGAGCCAUCUGGGCCACCGUACAUACGUCAUUUUCGGAAGGGAAAUAAACGAUAUUAGCUUAUGCUGUAGCGAAGAUUGUUCUAAUUUUAUUGGUGUGAACUUCAAUAAGCGUUUUAUUGCAUUCCAUACUAUAUGCAUUGGUGGUCAACCAGAACAACUGACGGUCAGAAAAUACCACAAAGAAACAAAGUCGACAAUGAGGAGACGAAGGCCGCAAGACUUGAAAUAUGACACUGGAACCCAGACAAGUUCCCGUAAAAGGAAGGAAGCAAAUACUGCGACAGGCUCUGAUUCUGAUGAAGGGUCUCCUAGAAAGAUGCAGAAAACCUCUGUGUCUGGAGAUGAGGAGAUAACAAAUGACAGACAGGAGGGGACAGACACCGUGCUCCUGGGCUUGGAUGAAGAGAUGGAUCAGGAAGAUGAUGAAGUCAUGACUAUGGAGAUUUCAAACUGCCGCAUGGAUGCAGAAGACUCUCCUGCUGAACACCUGAGGUCAGAAAAGGAAGAGCGUACAGACAGCGUCUCGAUGGGAGACUCAAGAUAUGAUCUUAGGCGCAGGCCAAUCCGUCCAAGACCGGCAGAAGAAAGAGGAUCCAGGUAUCAGACAGAGAGCUGGUUGCCUCUUGACAGGGGUGACACACUCUCACCCUCGCGGCCUGGAAUUAAAGAAAAACAGAAUUUUCAGGUGGACUGGCAGAAAGGGUUGGCAAAAAGGUCUACAGAUUCCAGGUAUCAGGCAGAGAUCCGGCCGUCUCAUAAGACCAACACGCUCUUACAUUCAAGACCUGGAAUUAAGGACAAAGACCGGCAGGUAGACUGGAGGAAAGGUAUAAACCGAACAAACCAUAGAGAUCUGAAUUGUCAGAUUUCAGAAGCACCCUACCUAAAGGCAAGCCCAACGGUCCCCUAUCUGCCGGACAGGGCUCUUCCAAGUCGGCUGACUGCUGAAGCGAGGAAAAAAGGACACCUGAUAAAGUACUUUGCAGCGAUGUUCCUGACGCUCUCCGUAGUUCUGCUUGCAUUCUUGUCACUGAAGACAAAUACCUGCAAGAGGGAAAUGGACUUCAGUGAUAUUUUGGUGGAUGUGAAAUCAGCUUUUCCUAGCCAGAGGGAGGAGGUUUGGAAGAGGAGCACCAUCCACCUGCAGCGACACCUCAGACUGGCCCCGCCCACAGAGCCUGUCAGCAUGAUCCUGACGUCAGGCUAUGGGGCGAAGGAGACACUGCGAUGCCUGGCUGACCGCUUGGCCGCCGCCUUCUCCUCGCACUUCGAUAAUGCCUCCAUUCUGCACAUCGAUGGCGCCAGCAGGGCGGCGCUAGACAGUGACCAGGUCAAGCUAGACAUGGACCAGAAGCUGACGGGCGCCUUCGAGGGAGGCCAAAUGGCAGCAGUAAUCCACCAGUUUGACGACCUCCCACCGGCGUCGGCGCUCAUCUUCUACCGGUACUGCGACCAUGAGAACGCCGCAUACAAAGAGGUGUUCCUGGCCUUCACCGUGCUGCUUCCUGUGGAGGAGCUUGACCCAAAGCUCAGCCUGAACGCUGUGGAGGAGAAGGUACAGGACCACAUCCAGAGCCGCUUUGUUUCCUCCAACCAGCCAGGCACUUUUAACCAGAUGGACCAUGAGAAGUUCGGAGGCUUGUGGAGCCGCAUCUCCCACCUCGUCCUGCCCGUGUCUGCGGAGGAGGACAUCGAGAGGAACGGCUGCACUCGCUGAAGCAAACUGGACCAGUUGUAUCUCGGUUCUGGAAACCUCUUUAUUAAUCGAUGAGAUUUAUCUGGUGAAAUGGAAAAAAGACUGACUGAAAACCUGCCAGCGAUGUGUCAGAUAAAACCUUUAUUGGGAAUCGUCAAACUAUUUUUAAACAUAAGAACUUGCAUGGACUGAAUUGUAUCACGUUACAGUUGAAAUCACUGACAUGAUUAAGGAUUAGUUUCUCUCUGAAUUUCAUGGAAAAAAAAAACUGCUUUCUCUGUUGAAUGUUACUCCUUGGAUGUUAAUUGAAUAUCUUUGGCCAUCUGCACUGUGGUUCAGGGAACUGCCUGCAAAAACUGAACAUAAGUGAAGGACAUAAGUUCACAUCUUUAACACGGGAAAAAAUACUUGUAAAUACACCCUCUAAAGACAUUAGUACUUUGAUUUUCUUAAUAUAAUUAUAUUUGCAAAUAUAAAGAAAUAUAAUUGUAUCCUUGUUUUGUUUUCCCUUCUGUGUAGCCUGCAGUGUGUUCUGAAGUAUAGAUCUACAUUUGAAAUGCCAUUGGUGGUUCCCAGAUCUUGCAACAGGCACAGUUUUCAGAUAUACAGGGAAGGAGGUUAUAUGUAUGUUUCCAUCCUUUUAGAAACGCCCCAUAGAAGACGUUUCCAGAUAGCCUGUAAUCAUCAUUAGUUCGUUCAUGUAAUUUAAAUGGAAUCGUAUUGUCUUUGUCAGUAAUCCGUAAAUAAAGGUAAGUAGUAAAGUCA